UAUACAGCAUUUUUAUAGCAAUUUCCUAUCUUAGCUAUAUUAUCAUAUCCAGUCGGCCUGUGAUUACAUAUCAUCAAUAUAUCCGCUCUCGACUUUCCACUAUUGUUUUACUCUCCAAUUUAAUUAUGUCCUAGCUUACAUUUUAGAUCAGGUGUCCCCUCAUCCCUAACCACAGUUAUUUCUUAAUUAGUCUUGUUUUGACAUACUGCCACACAUUUCAUUACCUUACUCGCCACCGUUAUCUUUCUACUUGGUUUCAUUCUAGUUCUCUUCAUGAAUUAAUAGUGAUUAGGUCAAAAGUCAUGGCUACAUAGUGAAUACCCUCUAUUCAGCUAGCAGUGGUUACAUUGUAAAUAUAGAAAAUAUAAUGUAUGCGUUUACAUUUUCCAAUACUAGCUCCUGUGAUUACACCUCGACUGCCCACGCUUCCAUACUUCUACUAAUGGUAUCAGGCUCUCUAAAUAUCGGAGGUGUUCGAAGCUAUCUAGGAUUGACUCCUAAAUACAGUGUAAUUUAAAUAUUGAAAGUUCAAUAAAGUAAGCAGCAGGUGCUCGCAUUUCAUGUCGCUCGUUCAUUACAACGUUUAGCUCCAAUUUAUGCUAGUAAGGUUAAAUCAGACGCUGUACUAAAAGGCAUCCGAAACACGCCUGAUAUGAAAAAAAUAUAUAACCAUACGCGAUUCACUGAAAUGCUCACGAAGUGCCCGGUCCAAUUUCCCGAUGGGCGCAAUUUAAGCAGGAACUGAUUGAUUCAAUCGGCGUUACAUGAUUUGCGCUGAUCGAUCCGAUUUUCAGGUUAAUGUGGGCGACUCCUAGUGGAACAGCUUCAAGUAACAAUCUAUCUGCGAUCUGGUAGUUGCAGUGCCGGGCGUUCAUUGGUUACUUGCAGAUGGAGUAAUGCCAGUUAAAUUGCAGUUCAAAGCAAUUGUCUGUUAUUCCAAUUACUACUAAUUUUGUCUUUUAUUUCCCCGAAAAGUAUGACAUUUUCGAAUGCCAUUUAACAGUCAAUCUGGAUUAACCGUUUCUUUUCCUCGUUAAUUUGACUUAGCUGACCUUUGCGAUAAAAUGGGUUACAGUGCCAUUAGAUACUAUUGCUAUAUCGCGCAAGGGUACUAUAUUGCGAUGCGACAUUAUGUAGCUUGGUCUUAGUUCUGUGCUGUUGAGUUCUGAAUCCCAGCGCUGAGUGGCGGUGUCACAUCACUUAGACUCUUGUUCUCCGCAGCCUCAGCCAUCUCAUUCACGGAAGUCUUGCUGAUUCACUGCUUCGUGCAGUCACAAGAGGGGGUGGGGAAAUCACAGGCAACAUUCACACACACACGGAAAAGAAUUGGUAAAUGCAGCGCCAAUCGCACCUUUCAGGCGGUCAUCAGGCUAUGGAGAAAGAGAAGUUAUAGGACAUCCCACCUCUAUUGCGUUUGGCCAUCCGGCGCAGCAUCGCUAGUAAAACUAAUCCGGGGUCUGCCUCCUCGCCCGCUUUGCACUAGGGACUGCGUUGAAGAAAUGUAACAGAGCUUUUCACUCCAGGAUCAUUGUCCUGGAUUUCUUGGAACCCACGGCUGGACAGAGGACCCUCUGUUGCCAUGCUGUAACCACAGCUGGGAGAGGCUGCCCGCCCGAGUUGCAGCGCAGUAAGUUGUCGCCGACUGUCGGUGAGCGGGGAUGGACCUCGGCAGCGUGAGGGGAGCCAGGUGUCGAAACCAUUAGACCGCAAUCAGAUCUAGGUACCGGUUGGAGGACUCCCCAGGACUCAGGGAGGAAGAGUGGCCGGCGCUCACAGAAAGAGGAACACUUGUUACCCACGCAUCAGGCCGGCAUUACUCUCCGUGCUGUAGCACAUGGAUUUCAGGACUACGGCUGACGAGACAAGGACAGGAAUUUGUUUGCUACAAGAUGGUUCUCAGGAGCCCUUUGAAGUGCGAUUGCACUUAGCAAAGGACAUUUUAACAAUUCAAGAGCAAGAUGUUAUCUGUGUGUCUAGUGAAAACUUCUAUUCCAGUGAAAGAACUGUUACAAUUAGAAGACAGACGAUUGGUGGAUUUGGGCUAAGUAUAAAGGGUGGAGCAGAGCACAAUAUUCCAGUCAUAAUAUCAAAAAUCUCAAAAGAGCAAAGAGCUGAUCUAUCAGGUUUGCUGUUUAUCGGUGAUGCUAUCCUUCAGAUAAAUGGAAUAAAUGUCAAAAACUGCAAACAUGAAGAAGUGGUUCAAGUUCUGCGCAAUGCUGGAGAGGAAGUAACUCUUACAGUAUCAUUUCUUAAAAGAGCACCUGCCUUCCUGAAACUCCCACUGUAUGAAGACUGCACAUGUAUUCCCAGUGACCAGAGCAGUGGUACAUCUUCUCCACUUUGUGAUAGUGGAUUACAUCUCAACUAUCACCCUAACAAUACAGAUUCAUUGUCAUGUUCUUCAUGGACACCAUCCUCAGGCCUGAAGUGGGAGAAGAGAUGGUGUGAUCUGCAGCUAAUACCUCUUCUUCAUUCUCGUCUGUCACAUCACAUUCCAGGCACUGAUAUUUCUAGGCAAAAUGCAUUUCAAGUAAUUGCUGUGGACGGAGUAUGCAGUGGUGUAAUUCAGUGUCUCACUGCUGAAGACUGCAUAGAUUGGCUACAAGCACUGGCAAUUAAUAUAUCCAACCUUACCAAGCACAAUAUUAAAAAGAUAAACAGAAAUUUUCCCGUAAACCAACAGAUAGUCUACAUGGGCUGGGUAGAAGACCGGGAGCCAGAUUCACUGCAGGAUAAGCUGUACACACCAAAGUAUCUAGCCGUGCGAGGCGCUUGUCUGUACACAUUUACGGCACCUCCAGUGACUACAUGGGAUUGGACAAAAGCUGUGAGGAGUUACACAGUUUAUGAAAUAAUGUGCAAAAUCCUUAAGGACAGUGAGCUGUGGGAUCGACGAAAGCACUGUUUUAGCAUUCAGACAGAAAAUGGGGAGGACCUUCUCUUCAGUGUGGAAUUAGAAUAUGAACUCAUACUCUGGGAAAAGGCCUUUCAAACAGCAACCUUCUUGGAGGUAGAACGAAUACAGUGUAAGACCUAUGCCUGUGUGUUGGAGAGUCACCUCAUGGGACUGACAAUAGACUUCAAUAUGGGUUUUGUGUGCUUCGAUGCUGCAUCAAAGGCUGUUCUCUGGAGAUACAAAUUUUCACAACUGAAAGGUUCUUCAGAUGAUGGCAAGAGCAAGAUUAAAUUUUUAUUCCAGAGCCUCGACACUAAGCAAAUUGAAGCAAAGCAGGAGCUGGAAUUUUCCAACCUUUUUGCUGUACUGCAUUGCAUACAUUCCUUCCUCGCUGCCAAAGUUGCUUGCAUGGACCCUCUCUAUGUUGGAAGUCAGUCUGUUGCUGGGAAGACCAAGUACAAUAACUGAUGGACGCCUUUCCAUUCAAUUUGGAAGAGUCAUUACUGUUGAAGAUAAAUAUUUAACACUCUUCAGCCAUGUGAGAUUUUAAAUAAGGCUCCAGUUCAGGAGAAAGUUUGCCGGUUACAAUUGCUCUCCCAUUCCCCAAGUUGUAAACUAUUACUGAAUAAGAUGAACUGAAAUUGCCAGAAGCUGCAGCCGCUAAAUGAAUUGAACUGAAAUCUCAAGGGAAUACAAAUAUGAUGGUUUUUCCCAUUUUAUUACUGAACUCAAUCUUCCUCACAGAUUGUCACAGCAUACUUCUUGAAUAGUGGGAGUCAUUGAAGCAAUCUACGUACACAAGCAACUCUGCAACUAAAAAAAAAUGUACAUCUGUAGUUCCAAAGAUGGAAAAUUUUAUCAAUUUACAAGAAGUUUAAUGUAAUAGAUGUGAGGUUUAUGCAAGAUAAUAAUGAUAAGAAUAUGAUAAAUGGAAAUUAAGGAUUCAAAUGAGCAAAAGUGGAUCAUUUUUAUGUAAAAUAAUUUUUGUAGUGAAAAUGCACUUAUUUUUACAAUACGCCCUGAGUGUUUUCUGUUACCAUGUUAAGUCUCUGAAAUAUUGAAAUCUGAAUUUGUGAGCAACAUUAUCAGAGGUUAUUCAAUGUUGUAGAUAAAAUAACAAUAAUUUAAUCUUCUGUGAACCAUUGUCAAAAGCUGCUAAGAUCUAGCUAACAUUUUUCUAUUAUGACCAGCAUUACCUAAACUAUAGACUAAUUUGAAUUCAUUAAGAAACAUACCUGUUCCACUGCAUAUUUAACUGUACAUUUUGAAGUACGAACAUUCUGAUAAAA